AUGGCUAUGAAACUCCUGCUUGACUAUCUAUUUUCUGGCGAGGCGUCACAUCCAAACUCUCAUGAAAGUACCUCGGACGGCAACUCAGAUCACAACUCCUCAGGGGAUGAAGACUCCCAGAUGAGAUUACGCCUUAAACGAAAACUUCAACGAAAUCGCACUUCAUUCACAAACGAACAAAUCGACAGCCUGGAAAAGGAAUUCGAGCGGACUCACUACCCAGAUGUAUUUGCACGCGAAAGGCUAGCAGAAAAAAUUGGUUUACCCGAGGCACGUAUUCAGGUCUGGUUUUCCAAUCGACGCGCAAAAUGGCGACGUGAAGAAAAGCUACGGACCCAACGGCGCUCAGUCGACCAUACAAGCAAUAACGGCGGUUCCGGUGGGCGCUCCAGUACCGCCAAUUCUGCUGCGUUAGCUGCCGCAGCAGUGGUCAGCCAUCAAAGUGGAUCAGGUGGCAAUAGUGUUGGCGGUAUUGGUGUAGGUGGAGGUGCGGCAGCCGAUGUCAAUGCGGCUGGUAACAAUGGCAGCGCGGCGGAAGGCUCGAACGGCGGUGGCACCAGCGCAACUGCAGCCGCGGCACUUCCCGGCACAAGUGGUGGUGGCGGCGCAACUGUACCAACAGUGGGUAACGCAGCGGCAGCAGCCGCUCUCAAUGUCGGCGGUCAUGGUAGCUCUGUGAGUCCGCCUAUACAAGCCGUCGCUCCCCGCCUUCCCUUAAACUCCGGUUUCAACACGAUGUAUUCAUCGAUACCACAGCCCAUCGCUACGAUCGCGGAGAACUACAACUCGAUGACCUCGUCGCUGAGCUCUAUGACGUCCACUUGUCUGCAGCAACGCGAUAGCUAUCCUUACAUGUUUCAUGACCCACUGUCUCUGGGUUCCGUUCCGUAUGCAGCACACGCGCGCUCUUCCUGCAAUCCCGCUGCUGCGCACCAACAACCCCCAUCGCAGCAUUCCUCAGUGUAUGGUGGUGGUCCUGCAAGUGGGUCUAGUAGUACAGAUAACCAUACGUUUGCAGGUGUCAUCUCUGCAGGCGUGUCCGUGCCCGUACAAAUACCCGCACAAAGCGCCAGCGAUUUAACCAGCACGAACUAUUGGCCACGACUUCAGUGAUCUACGCU